UCGGCUCCCGUAGUCCGCCGCCCUAGCUACUGUCUUCCCCAUGGAAUCUUCCUGGGUGACUCUGGGCAUCGCAGCUUUCCUUUUGCUCUUGCCGUUUCUCUUCGCCGCGCGGUUCCUCCGAACGAGGCGAGCGCACGUCCCGCGUAAUGCUGCCGUCAGCCUCCUGGUGGUGGCCGGUUCUGGUAAGAAAAAGACGGCGGAGUUUUCCAGCUCCACGCUUUGUACAGCAAAGCGUGGCCUAGUCCACCCGGACUACAAUACCCAGCAAGCACAGCGGCAAGCUUUCCCCCUCACAGCGUCCUUUGGCGCGAGGCAUCCUGGGAUCUGUAGUUCAUACAGCGGGCAGAGGUUUGCAUGGAUCUGAGGUUCAUUUGGUUUCGGGGAACCACCGUGUGGAGCCUCGAAUCAAUUUAUAAGUCGCCCAGCUAAAAUGACUAGUUUUAGCUGAGGGGGAUGCAAAGCCGGAAAGCAUCUUACAGAACCGUUCUCGCUGCUGUUGAGAACAAAUGCUGGCGCCACGUGCAUUGCGGCUAUAUUAUUAUUAUUAUUAUUAUUAUUAUUUCAUUAAUUUAUUCCGCAUUUUCCCCAGACAGAGACUCAAGGCAGCUUACAACGGAAAUAAACAUUAAAAACAACAACCAAGCAUUAUAAUAUAAUAUAAUAUAAUUUACUAAGAACAUACAGAUAAUUACCGUGAAAACAGCAAGGCCCCAGCCCUUUAAUUCAAAACACACUAUCCCCAAAAAUCUGUUGGGAUAAAGAAGGUCUUCAGCUGCUGGAGGAAGGAUAGAGGGAGCUAGUCUAGCUUCUCUAGGCAAGGAGUUCCAAAGUUGUCCUGGAGCAGGCACAAAGAAGGCCUUAUACCACACGGCUACCAAGCAUGCCUGUGAGAGUGGCGGGACUGAGAGAAAGGCCUCCCCAGAAUAUCUCAGAACUCGGGCAGGUUUGUAGGAGGGAAUGCAAUCUCAGUUAAGUAGGACCUAAGCCAUAUAGGACUUUGUAAGUCAUAACCAGCACAUUGAAUAGUGCACAGAAACAGACCAUUAGCCAGCUUAGCCGUUGUAACAUGGGAGUUGUAUGCGGCAUUUGUAAUGUGCAGCAUUUGUGACAGCUGCAUGUUUAUGAAUGCAGAUGUCCCACCACCUUGAAGUCCUUUGCCCUGUAGCGUAAGCCUCGUGGCGGAUGGCUGGCACCAAGCUGCAUUUGAUGCACGGGUGAACACUUGCAGGCGAAGCGCAGGCUCAUCUCAGUCAAUACGAUAAUAAUAUCUGCUCUGAAAUAGGGAUGUUUCUUUAUGUCCCGUGGAGCUGUCAUAAUAUGCUUUUAAAGUAUGUGCUGUUCCUUAUAUAAAGAGUAGGUGCUACAGAGAUGGUCCAAAGCACAUAGUUGCCCAUGACAGAAAAUUAAAAUGCUAAUUAAUUUACAAAUCAAAAUGUCACGUGAGAUGACCACAUCAGGAAGCAGCUUUUUAUUUAAAAAAAUCACUUUCAGGUUUGUUUGUGGGUUUUGAAAACAAAAAACAAGCAGUGUACAUAUUUUAUGAAAUAAAUGAAUGAAUUGUGAGUGUGCAGCAGCAAGGUGUGAGAGGAUAGCUUUUGGGAAGGGCCACAGCUUGAUGGUAGAGCAUCUGCUUUACAUGAAGAAGGUCCUAGAUCAGGGGUCAGCAAACUUUUUCAGCAGUCCACUGUUCCUCAGACCUUGUGGGGGGCCGGACUAUAUUUUGAAAAAAAUAAAUGAGCAAAUUCAUAUGCCCCACAAAUAACCCAGAGAUGCAUUUUAAAUAAAAGCACACAUUCUACUCAUGUAAAAACACUAGGCAGGCCCCACAAAUAACCCAGAGAUGUAUUUUAAAUAAAAGGACACAUUCUACUCAUGUAAAAACAUGCUGAUUCCUGGACCAUCCGCAGUCCGGAUUUAGAAGGCAAUUGGGCUGGAUCCGGCCCCUGGGCCUUAGUUUGCCUACCCAUGUCCUAGGUUCUAUCCCUGGAAUCUCCAGGUAGGGCUGGUAGAGACCCAGUCUAAAAUCCUGGAGUCUGGCUGCCAGUAAGUGUAUGAGGCAGCUUCUUAUUUGUGUAUACCAUAGAGUUUGCCCUGUGCUCCCCAAAUUAGCCUGGUGUGGAGGAUACUGUGGAACAGCCAACUGAAUGGCUUCUGUGGGGGUGGGGAGGUGUCACCUUGUCCAUCGUCUCAGGCAGCAAAAUCUCAUGGGCCAAGCCUACACCAAGGUGGGUGAACUCAUGGCAUGGCUUACUCUGUGCCAGAGGAUGAAGGGGCCGUGUGACUACAGAGUCUUGAGUUUAAAGGAUGUAAAUUGGGUAGCCAGACCCAUGCACAGCGGUUCAUCUAAUUGCUAUAUAGGUGAAUAUUUUUCCACUUGCGUCUCCUGCUGUCGUAGGGCUUUGAUGAGAAAGCUGCACCUUGCUGAAGUUCUCCCUUCAAGAUAACUAUGAAUAGCAUGAGAAUCCUGCUUCAUUUAUCUAUUCAUGGAAUAUUUAUUUAUUUAUUGCUUUUACACCCACCUUUUUCUCAUAAAGAGCUCAAGACAGCAUACAAGGGUUCUCCUCAGUUAAUCCCCACAACAACCCUGUGAGGUAGGUUAGGCUGAGAGGCAUUGACUGGCCCUAGGUCACCCAGGCUGAGUGAGGAUUUGAACCCUGGUCUCCCAGGUCCUAGUCUGACACCUAACCACCACCACCCAGCGCUGGCUCUGUGGAGGGAGUCAGCGUAGCAGCAGGGUAAGCUAUUGGUUAGUCUCAAUAGUGUCGCACAGUAUGACUAUACUAUUAAAUGCAGCAGCCUCUGGGUAAAGGGUAUUUCUCAAUGUUCUACACGCAGAAGGUCCCACAUUUAAUCCUCAGUGUCCUCCAGACACAACCGGGAGAGACCUUUCUGAAACCCUCCAAGAGCAGCUGUCAAUCAGCAUAGAGAAUACUGAGUGGGAUCGAUCAUAAGAGCAUAAGGAAAGCCCUGCUGGAUCACACGAAAGGCUCAUUUAGUACCGAAUCCUGUACUCACAGUGGCCAUAACCACAUGGCUAUGAAAGCCCAGAUGUUGGACAUGAGUGCAAGAGGGCUCUCCCCACUCUGAACUAAUGUUCAGAGGCAAAACACCUCUGAUACUGGAAAAAGUACACAGCCAUCAUAACUAGUAGGCAUGGACAGCCUCUUCCUUCAUUAAUUUGUCCAACCCCCUUUAAAGGCGUCCAAGUUUCUCUGACUUGGUAUGAAGGAGCUUCUUAGGUUCCUGUCAGGGAGCUGACAUCGGAGCCAGAGGCGGAGGCUAGGCUCCCAAGUGAUGCUGGAGAAGGGCCCAGCAGGGAGAGAGGCAGCUCAUCAGCUGGGGAAGGAAAUCAGCGUAACACCAGGGAUAAAGGGGGGCAGAUGGGGGAAUCAGCGAGGGGGCUCCAGGACUCCUCGCCGGAGACCAGCGGGGAGAGCAUGGGUCCUCCGCUACCCACACCCUCCCUGCGCAGAAGACUUCCGCGCAGGGAGAGUAGGAGGAGACUUGGCUGGAGCUUUUAUGCUGGAAAAGGUUUAAGAGACGCCCACUGACGGAUUCUGCUGGCGACUGAGACAGCCAUGAAGUGAAGCGCUGUCCGGACAGGAAAGGUUUAACCAGGCAACCUAGCCACGAGUGGCGGCAACUUACGCACGAGCAACCCCUAUUCUUAUUACAGUUCCUAAUAUAUUCCCAAUAAUUGGUUCCCUUCUAAAACAAACAGCAGCAUCACAUUAGUAGAAUGCUUCUUGCAAAUAUAGACAAAGAAUGUAAAUUUGCCACAGGAAACCCAGUCAGUUGGGUGGGGUACAAAUAAUAAAUAUUAGUAUAAUAAUAAUAAUACUAAUAAUAAAUAUUAGUAGUAGGAAAACGAAGUUUGCAAACCUCGAAACAAUUUUCUAGUAUGUUGUAUACCGUAUUUUUUGCCCCAUAGGAUGCACCGGCCCUUAGGACGCACCUAGUUUUUUUUGGGGGGGGGGAUAAAGAAAAAAAAAAUAUUUUCCCCCCAGGUGCGGGGCUGGGGUGGGGGAAGCCCGAGCUUCCCCAGCCCCCAGAACUGGCUGCUAUCCGCAAGCUGUGGGAGAGCUGCACGAAGUCGUGCAGCUCUCCCACGGCUAGCGUAGAGCUGCGCAAAGCCCGAAGCCUGGGGCAUGCUGAGCUCGGCGCGCCCCAAGCCUCUGGGUGCCGGCAAGCUCUCCGCUAGCCGUGGGAGAGCUGUGUGACUUCGCGCAGCUCUCCCACGGCUAGCGGAGGGCUGCGCGAAGCCCAAAGCUUGGGGUGUGCGACUUCACGCAGCUCUCCCACGGCUAGUGGAUAGCUUCCUGAAGCCUGGAGAGCGAGAGGGGUCGGUGCGCACCGACCCCCCGCACUCUCCCGGCUUCAGCGAAAGCCUGCAAUCGCCCCAUAGGACGCACACACAUUUCCCCUUCAUUUUUGGAGGGGAAAAAGUGCGUCCUAUAGGGCGAAAAAUACGGUAUAUGAUUUUUCUUUUAGGGAGGCCCAAGCCCACUGGCUAUGUAAGCGUAACUUUUAACAAAACAGAAAUGAACUAGAGUUGGAGUACAUACAUAUGGAAAACAUUUGGCAGUUCAGACAUUAGUUGACUGAGAGGGGGAAAUGUGAAAUGUCUGAAAUGAAAAGCAUUGUGCUUUGAUAUGACAUGAAAGUUAUCUCUAUGGGGUUUGAUCUAUACCGGCUCAGUCAUCAACACACAUCAGUCUCCAGUUGAUGCUGCAGUCAUCAGAGUCUUGCAGUUCGCUGAUCUCUCACAAGCCACCUUCGCUUUUGUGUUUUUCAGGUGGGCACACUACAGAAAUCUUGAGGUUACUUAGUAGCCUGUCCCAGACAUACUCUCCUAGACAUUAUGUUUUGGCUGAUUCAGACAAAAUGAGUGAAGAAAAAAUCCGUUCUUUUGAACAACAAAGAGCUGAAACCGCCUCCAAUUCCUUGGUAAGUUGUGGCAUCUUUAUUGAUAACUGUUUGUUUAUAUUUCACGUGCCAAAAUGGUGACUUAAAUCGCUUAUCAGCAUGAUUUUCAUUGGGCUCCAUAUCUGUAGCUCCGAGCACUUUGCUUCUCAAUUUAUCCUGCUGAAUUGCCUCUUUAUGCUUUUAUCUUUAUUGAAUCUUACCUUUUACUCACAAACCCAAAAGUUAGCCAAGGGUGAAUGUGGCUUUCACUCAGGCCAAAAAAGAUUAGCCACCCCUGCUUUUAAGAUAAGCCCUCGCUGAAACCAGCAAGGCAUUUCCAAAUAAGCAUGUAUAGAAUUGGGGAUUAUAAUCAAUUACUGUUUGUUCUCAUUAAUAAUAAUAAUUCUGUACACAAGGGAGAAAUGUGCACACAGUCAGAGGUUUCUUUUUAAAAUGUCUGCUUGAAAAGACAAGUUGCUUUUCAUUUUUCAGUUUGUACGUUUCCCAGAAAAAAGGGCUUGCCUAUCUUCAGGAUGUGGCAGAAAGUUUAAAGUUUCCAUUGACAGUUUAGGAGCUGCCUGAAAAUGCAUGAGGGAUCAUUGGUCAUCAAUGGACUGCAGGUUUAAGAACCAGUGGUAAAAGUGAUCUAAACGUAUGAGCUCUGUUUCCCUGUACCUGAGAAGGAUUUCAUAUCAAUAAGGGUCUUCUGUCCAUUGAGUAGAGUGAAAAAUGUGGCACAUCUGCCAAUGCCAUUUGCACAAGCACAUCUGCCUGCAGUUCCACUACAAUGCAGCUGCAGCACCAGACAAGGCCAUGCUUUGUGCUGGCAUAGCUGCUGGUAGCUGCAUCCUAAACCCUUGGUGUGCUUGCCUAACAAGCCCUAGUAGGCUCGGGAUGUUUGUUGUUGUUUAGUCGUUUAGUCGUGUCCGACUCUUCGUGACCCAUGGACCAGAGCACGCCAGUCACUACUGUCUUCCACUGCCUCCUGCAGUUUGGUCAAACUCAUGCUGGUAGCUUCGAGAACACUGUCCAACCAUCUCGUCCUCUGUCGUCCCCGUCUCCUUGUGCCCUCCAUCUUUCCCAACAUCAGGGUCUUUUCCAGGGAAUCUUCUCUUCUCAUGAGGUGGCCAAAGUAUUGGAGCCUCAGCUUCAGGAUCUGUCCUUCCAGUGAGCACUCAGGGCUGAUUUCUUUAAGAAUGGAGAGGUUUGAUCUUCUUGCAGUCCAUGGGACUCUCAAGAGUCUCCUCCAGCACCAUAAUUCAAAAGCAUCAAUUCUUCGGCGAUCAGCCUUCUUUAUGGUCCAGCUCUCACUUCCAUACAUCACUACUGGGAAAACCAUAGCUUUAACUAUAUGGACCUUUGUUGGCAAGGCGAUGUCUCUGCUUUUUAAGAUGCUCGGGAUGUUACAUGCCCUUUCCUAGCUCUGUAUGUGACUUCAGCACAUGUAUGAAACAUGGUCAAGCUUUUCCUCACUACAGCUUAGCCAGCAACUCUGUUAUAAUCAGUUCAGCAUGGGAAAUAGCCAAUUCCCAGCACAUCUUGCACAAUGAAGACAAACUGCGGGCGGGGGAGGGGCAGGGAAAACAACACAAAGAAAUAUUUCUCUUUAAUCUCUUGCUACAUGCAAUUAUUAACAAAAGUACCAGAAAGAAAGGUGGCAUCUGAUAGGAUCUUUUAUAAAUGCAUGUCAACAUACAUCUGUUUCCUUUUAAGUAUCUUAACAAGUUCUGUGUAACCCAAACUCAGGAAAACGAAAACUUUGUUUCAGUUGGACCUGCUUCUGAAGCUUUUAAAUUUUGUUAUUGUUAACAUGCUUCUAUGCCGUGUUUUGUUUUGUUUUGGGUUGAGGUUUCAGGGUUGGGCUUAUCUCCACUAAAGUGUCUUUUACUUUGUAACAUUUAUUACAAUAUGAGAUUGCUUUUUUUGCAGGGGGGGUGUUGUCGUCUGAUCUAGUACCUAUCAAGUUCUAAGGCUUACGACUCCGCUGAGAACUCAAGUCGUUGAACCACAUCACUGUUCUGUCUCAGAUCUCUGAGGCGGAAUUUUUGUUCCUACUCGGAGGGCAUACCUUUCUUUCUUUCUUUCUUUCUUUCUUUCUUUCUUUCUUUCUUUCUUUUUCAUUUGAGUGCUUGUACUCUCCUCCGUGAAACUGGAAGAAGGAAUUUAGCCCCCAUCCCUGUAGAACAAGCAAUAUUAUCAGGGGAAAAGAUGAAAUGGAAUAAAAAGUAGAUUUCAAAAUGUUGUUCAUCUGAAUUUAUAUAAGGUCUGCCACUUGAUUAAAGAAAUCAUAAUAGUUAUACAUAUCUGCCCUGGUAGCUCAGUUGGUAGAGCAGAAGACUCUCGAUCUCAGGGCCAUGGGAUUAAGUUCCACAUUGGGCAAAAGAUUCUUGCAUUGCAGGGGGUUGGGCUAGAUGACCCUUGUGGUCCCUUCUGUGAGGUUUAUGGUGCACUUCUGUGCACAUCUACACUGAAGUUAAGUCCCAUUGAGUUCAGUGGGUUUUGUUCCCAAGGAAGCAAGUACAGGACUGCACCACCAACCACUUAAGGAUGCAAUCCUAUUACACUCAUGUGGGAGUAAGUCUCAUUGAACUCAAUAGGGCUUUCAUCUGAGUAGACAUAUAUAGGCUUGCCCUGUAAGACUGCAACCCUACACACGUGUGGUGUAGUGGUUAAGAGCAGUGGACUCGUAAUCUGGUGAACCGGAUUCGCCUCUCUGCUCCUCCACAUGCAGCUGCUGGGUGACCUUGGGCUAGUCACACUUCUCUGAAGUCUCUUAGCCUCACUCACCUCACAGAGUGUUUGUUGUGGGGGAGGAAGGGAAAGGAGGUUUUUAGCCGCUUUGAAAUUCCUUAGGGUAGUGAUAAUGUAGGAUAUCAAAUCCAAACUCCUCUUCUUCUUCUUCUUCUUCUUCUUCAUCUUCGUCUUCAUCAUCAUCUUAUUAUUAUUAUUAAGAAUGAACUCCACGGAAUACAGUGGGACUUCCUCAGUUUAGUGUAUUCAGUUUGAUUUACACAUUGCUUCACACAACCAAAAAGAAGUUCCAAAGCGAUUUGCAAAAACAAGAACAUACAAAAUAGAAGCGUCCAUAACCACUUAGCCUAACAUGAGAAUGAGCACCAUAAAACAAACAUACAAACAAACAAACAAACAAACAGCCAGACCAUUAGUUCUGUCCAUAGCCUGGGAGAAUAGAAACAUUCAGCCUGGUGCUGAAAAGCUGACAAAGUCUACUUAGAGGUUUUUAAGAUUAAGCUGCAUGAAAAUUCAGUUCAAAUAAAGUUAUUUAUUUAAGUCGGCACCAGGAGAGGUUCUCUGAGGAAUCCAAGAAUACAGGAAGGCAUUGGAGCAUAGGCAAGCCUUGUUGCUUGAACAAGGCUUAAGUGGAACAAGAUGCCUACCUAUACCCUUUCCAGGGGAAUCCUGUAGUCAGCAGGAGUGGCAGGAUCCCCAAGGCAUGGAUGAGGAAUGGCAGGAUCCCCAAGGCUGAGAAGCUGCCUCCUGGAGAGGUUCACAACGAGGGGGAGCUACACACAAAUCCAGCCAUUGCUGACACAAAGCUAUAGAGCUGGUAAUUUGUUGAGGGCAGGGAGUGGAUCCUUGCAUGUGGUCUGCUGCUUCUCUUAAGGAACUGUUGUGUGCAACAGAUUAAAAAAUUAUAUUUAAAAAAAUGUAAAAAUGAGCUAAAAUAAACCCACUGGGGUAAAUCGCACCACCACAUCUCACCCACAUAAAACAGGUUGGGAUGGCCUCCUUAUGGCUGUGGGCUUCACAGCAUUUUUCUCACCAACGUCACUAAAAAUUCCUGCUCGUGUUUUCUGUUUGGACAAGACAUUCCAAAGAUGAAGGAUUCAACAUUCUUAGCACAUGCAAGAUGAAAACAACAAAACAGCUUCGGGUGCGAAUGAGCACUAGCAGCCAAGGCAUCUUCCAUUUUUUGAUGACUUAAAAAAAAAAAGGCAGUUUCUUUGAAGAUGGAACCUACCUGUGAGGUAGCUUAGGCCACGAGGCAGUGACCGGCCCAAGGUCACCCUGAGAGCUUCAUGGCCAAGUGGGGAUUGAACCCUGGCCUCCCAGGUCCUAGUCCAGCACCCUAACCAGUGUGCCACACUACCUUCUGCCAGAUCAACUGGUGUGACAGCUGCAGCCAUUCCUGGAUCAAAAUACCUUAGCUAUAGUAGUCUAGGCAUUAGUAACCCCCUGAUUGGAUUACGGCAGUGCGCUCUAUGUAGGACUCCCCUUAAGGUUGGUCCGGGAAGCUACAGGUAGUGCAGAAUGCUACAGCCUGGCUGUUGGAGGAGGCGCCCUAUCAACAGCACAUAAAUCCUGUGCUGAAAUAGUUGCCCUGGGUGCCAGUAUGCUACAAGACUUAAUUCUAAAGUUUUGCUAUUCGCAUGUCAAGCCCUGAAUGACUUGGGACCUUUGGGAACGCCUGCUUGUUACAGUCCUGCUUGGUCACUUUGAAGCUCAAGAGAGAUACCCCUAAGUAGUGCCAUAUGCUUCCAGGGUUGGUCUUACGUCCGCUAAGACCACAGCCUUUAGUGUGGCAGGACCUGCCCUUUGCAGGCUUCCUCUGGUGAACAUCAGGCCAGCACCUACAGUAUUGGCAUUUAAGAGGCAGCUGAAAUCCCACCUGUUUGUCCAGGCCUUCCUUGACGGGGUCACACAGCUACAUUCCUGUAUUAAUUUAAUCUAUCCAUUUGCGAUGUAUUUUUUAUGGAUGCAGUUUUGUUAUUACUUUUUUCUGUGCCCUAUGUUUUUCUUCAUUUGGUAUAGAAAUUUUUAAGCCUGGACAAACUGGUUAAUCUUAGCUGUGGUUAGCUGAAGCAAGCCAGCUCAGACCAUAGUUUAGGCUGGCUUUUUUCAACCAACCGUAGAAAAGAGUAACUAUAGGUUAGAGUUUGAUAGACACACUAAGCGAAAGCAAAAGCUUCUAAAGUCUUCCUUAUUGGGUGUAAGGAGGAGUGUGCAAGCAUGAGGGUUCCUGAGGCUCAUUUCUGCAACACUAAAUUAUGGUUAGCAUUACGUCUGAGCUGCAACUUCCGUUGCUGUUUCACCUUAGUAAUCAUUGUGAAGUCAAGCAUAGCUUGGGGAUUAGUUUUGUACUAACUUUGCCAAAAAGGUGUAUGAAGCAGUGUCCUAACUUAUGACACAAAGUGAUGUGGAAAUUGGGAGGAUGCUUUGCAAGGUAAGAUUAGAGCAGAACACUUUUAAUAAGAAGCUCAGAAGAUUUCAGUUCAACAGCAUCUGUUGCUAGCAAUUCAUCUUACUGUCCACUAGGUGGAGCAAUAAGCCAAUUGUUGUUGUGCUGCCUAAGCUGCACAUUUUGAGCACUGUUUGAAAAGUAAGGAGAGAGACAUUUGCUUGCAUUUUCCAAGUGAUUUUAUGCAUCUGUGCUGCCAUGUCCGGGUCUUGCACUCAUAUUCAUCAUGUGUUUAAAAGCAUGUGCCGGAUGCUGCUUGCAGGGGAGGGGUGAAAAUCCUGUGAAAGGUCAGGGCAUCUUUUGCAAAUGGAGAACUCGCUCCUUUGGAACAGGGAAAUAGGUUGCAAUCUAGAGGCCACAGCCACAAGCCCAACCCAAGAGCCCCAUCUCUGGUAUCUGUUCCUUUUUUUGUGAAUGGGAGGUGUGCAGCAAGCAAAGAUAGCAGCCGCCUUAUGGAACUAUGUGCAAACGGUCACGAGUCAUCUGGUGUAAAUCUGUCCAUUUAUUCCCUUGUUUUCCAAGUUCACCCUCCACCGCAUUCCCAGAAGCCGGGAGGUCCGUCAGUUGUGGAGCUCCUCUGUGGUGACGACUCUGCGUUCCAUGUUUUACUCUCUCCCUUUGACCUUCAGACUCAAGCCGGAUUUGGUAUGUAAAACAACUGUUGCAGGCAAAUAAUGAAGAAAUGCCUUGUCUGUUCCAAAAGGAAAUAACUAUUCAGAGAUAACAAACCUCUAAAUAUGCAUACAAAUUUAGGACUGGUUCCUGCAGGGUUUACUUCCCUCGAUUGAGUCCUCCAACCUUUAAGCAGCUCUCUUGUGCAAUGCAGCAUUUUCAGGCUAGUUUGAAUGUGGCAGUGGGUACUCAUAAAACAGGGUGUUAUCAGUCUGUCUAGCUGAUUUAUAUCAAAGGUGGCAGAAGUUAGAUCAGGAUCUAGUGGAAGACACUGCAGUGAUUUGCGGCCAGAUAACAAGGAUUUCCGGUUCCAAAUUGUUUUAACAAUAGCAACAACAAAGUGACUUUUUAUUAGGCUGCUGCAAUAAGAAGGCUAACCAGGAGUGAAGUUUUUGAAAGGACUGUGAACUCACCUCAGUUUUUCUACUAAAAACAAAUUCCUUCGGCCCAUGUGCUCAGAGGUACCCCGUUCUUUCAUUCUAAAUAGGUGUCUUUUGUGCCUUGCUUGGUAGGAUCACGGGGUUCUAGUGAACAACAAAGUAGACUCAACAUUCCUGUUUAUACAGUAUGAAAACUGUUAUUGUCUUCUAUUCAUCUGUAAUAAAGAGAAAGAAGUGUUUCUGGUGGUACCUUGAGACUAAAAGUGAAAUCCAACAAUGCCCACCUGCCAGCAGAGCAGGCACCCUAUUUAUAAUGGAUUAUCUCUCUUCAAGGUACCCAACAAAUCUGCUCUGGGCAGCUGGGGGACCAGGCAGCACAGAUUUGGAGGGCCACAGGACCUGUAGGGGAAAGAAGAUGAAGGGAAACUCCUCUCACACAAGCAGAAGUCUGCUUCCUUGGUGUUGGGAUUGUUGCCCUAAAUCUUUAGAAGUUUUUUUUUGGGGGGGGCACAUGGCAAAGCUUCCUUAUAGGUAAAAGGACCCCUGACCAUUAGGUCCAGUCGUGACCGACUCUGGGGUUGCGGCGCUCAUCUCGCUUUAUUGGCCGAGGGAGCUGGCGUACGUCUUCCGGGUCAUGUGGCCAGCAUGACUAAGCCGCUUCUGGCGAACCAGAGCAGCGCACGGAAACGCCAUUUACCUUCCCGCCAGAGCGGUACCUAUUUAUCUACUUGCACUUUGAUGUGCUUUCGAACUGCUAGGUUGGCAGGAGCAGGGACCGAGCAACGGGAGCUCACCCCGCGUUGGGGAUUCGAACCGCCGACCUUCUGAUCGGCAAGUCCUAGGCUCUGUGGUUUAACCCACAGCGUCACACGUGUCCCACGCUUCCUUAUAGACAGUGCUAAAUUGGACCUCAGAUGAGGUUCGAUAGUCUGCUAGGAGAAGCUUGUGCCAUGUUGUAAUAACAAGGUUCUAAAAAGUUAGUUUCAAGGUAACUUUUCUUUCUAUCUGGCGCCACCCCCACCCCCAGAAGAGCAAUGCGGGAACAGAGUGGGGCUUGUUGACUGUCCAUUGCAAAGUCAUAGGGGGUGGAACACUCUCCUGACUUCAAAGUGAUUCUCCCGUAAAACUAGUUGCUAACCAGAGUAUGAAAGAAAACAAAGGAGAGACCUUAGUGAGCCCAUCCCUGUUCCCCAUUUCUUCCCCAUACAUUGAUUUUUUGCUUUUCAUUAAAGAGGAAGCAAAAUGCCUUAAUUCAAAUGAAACAGACCGUCUUUAUGUGACGAGUACAUUAGGACAUUGCCUUGUUACAGCGAUGGCUCCGUUUAAUUAGCAUCAAUUGUAUUGAGUUUCCAUCAUAAGGGAAAUUGUCUGGAAAAUCAAACAGACCAUUACAUUGCUGGAGGAGAUGAUGUGGAAAAAGUCAAAGGAGAAAGGGUAUCGGCGGGUAACUUAGCGAUAGUUUAACUUCUGUAUAGCUUUUUUGCUUGAAAUAGCAGUGCCAAAAAAUACAGAGCUGGUGCCAGAGGGCCUCAUGGACUUUGCACUGAAAUCUCCUCUGAGGGUGGGUGUGGGUGUGUUUUAAAAAAAGGGACUCUCGUUGCAGGAGAAUGGAGUUUUGCCAGUGCAUAGUGAAACUGAAUACACUCUGUGCUCAGCCACAGCAGCAUCACUCAGGUGCUUUGAUUUAGAGCGACUUGUAGACUGGCUUGUGAAGUGGUGUGCAUUGUGGCUUAGGGUGUGGCCACAAGUCCCCAGUUCAAAUCUCUCCUCAUCUGUGAUUUUCUAUAGGUGGCUGUAAGCAAUCGGCUCUUUCUCUCCUCCCACUCCUGUCUUAAUGCCUGUGGUAUAGGGCUUGCAAGACUGUUUUGGUUAGGAUUGCUGAAAUAAUGUAUACGAGAUGCUUUUGAGCGCUCAUCUGAACACAUGCAGCUGCCUUACGCAGAGUCAAAUCAUCUCGUUUAGUGGUGGGGAACCUGCAGUUGUAGCUGCUGAACUACAAACCCCAUUAUCCCUGACCAUUGGUCCUACUGAGUGAUGGGAACUGGUGUUCAACAACACUCCGAGGGUCACGGGUUCACUACCACUACCACCACUGUAGUUCAGCUAGAAGGGGUACCAAUAGAAAAGCACCAAAGGAUGCAUCGUCCACCCAAAACAAAUACAUAUUCAAAGUGCUUCUGAAGGUCUGGAGUAUGGUAGCUUUCCAGAGGUCAGCUGGCAACAAAUUUCAGAGUCGUGGGGCUACCACAGAGAAGGCCCUGUGUCGUAUUUCACUGACUGCAGUGGUAGGCAAACCAAGAGGACCUCCAUUCUUAAUCAUUACGUGUGGGCAGGUGGAUACAGGUGUAAGUUGUCCUUCAGAUAACUCUGACUCUGAUCACCCAAGGCUUUGAAGGUGAAAACCAGCUAAUGUAAAUAGCUGGAGAAAAAUUAAUCCAUUCUUCAGGGAGGCGGUGCCAACGGCUUUCUGUCGUAAAACCGACGUUAGAGAUGUUAACUGCCGCCUCUUUUAAAGUGUCUUGGGAAAGAGGAUCUGAUAACAAUUGAAAGGGAGAGCUGUGUAUUGUUUGAUAAGGUUCUCCCUGAACACUUUGAGGUAUUGCAUCUUUUUUUAAGAGCAACAGCGCACAAUCCCUUUAUCGUACAGCGUGGCUUAAUAUAUUAUUACACGGACAUUUAUCAGGCAGAGUAUCUAGCUUUGAGCUUGAAAGCCGCCUCAACAACAACAACAUAUAUUUAACUCUGCUUGGGUGAGACUGCGUUUACUGAGCCGCAGAGCACCACAUCCUUGGCAGACUACCAGGUCCCAAAGGUUAAAAAAGUCUUCAGAGGGGGUGGAACAAAAAGUUGGCGUUCCGAGUUGACAGCAUCUGUCAAAGGCAUCUGCCACAGAGCUCAACUUCAAAAGUGUUAAAAAUAGGAAACACCAAGAAAAGCACCAAAUGAGGCCCAAAUGACACGGUUGCCGUGCUGGAAUCUGUGGACACACUAGGCGUUAAUCAGCGUAGGCUGUCGUUGUUGCUGUCGUUCUUCUGUUUCUACUGUACUUCUAAUGGGGAAGCAGUGGGAUUUCGGAAUGCUUUCAAAAAGUCACUUGCGCCUAGCAAGACCUGAUUGUGCAGAUUCUUGUGCCCUCCCAAACUCCUCUCAACGGCAAGAAGAAAUCCGAGGAGCUCAAGGAAUGCGAGAUUAAGCAAAUACAGCAAGCGCUGCCCUCAACAUUACUUUGUGGGAAUAAGUGGCAGUCAAGCCGCCUUGCCCGCAAGUAGGGCUUUGAUGGUAACAAGCAGCGAGAGCAAUUGGCUAUGGCACAAGGUUGUAGGCACAGCACAGCACCGCAGGCUCUGGAAGACAGCAUUCCGAGUAGAUCACACGCAGAGGUUUGUUUAUUACAUUUAAAGCUUGUUUUUUCCUCCAAGGAGGUCAAAGUAGCAUACAUGCCUCUUGCAUUUUUUUCCCUUCACAACAACCCUGUGAGGUAGGUUAGGUACAGAGAUAGUAACCGGCCCAAGGUUAUCCAGUGAGCUUCAGGGUUGAGUGGGGAUCAGUCUGACAUCCUCGCCACUCUACCAUUCUGUUGUUUGCCUGUGCAUAGCAGUUUGUUGUUGGGCCGGCAAAGCAACUGGCCAAAUAAGUCUACCCAAGUUGCUAGUCCACAGGAAGAUUUUUACCAACCUGCGCUCUUCCAGUAUAACCACAUUUAGCCAUGAGGGUGUAAAAGAGAGAGGUCGUGCUACCUCAGUGCUUCAUUCAUUUCCUUUUUAAUGGGCCCCUCCAAUCACUGCUUUUGUGUAUUCUCCCAGUGACAAACUUCCAAUCCCUUUUCAGAGCAAGGUAUUUUCCUCAGGUGUUAUCCUCCCCUCUCUUUUAAAGGGUUUUCGUCACAUUUUCUAACCUAGGCGUCGGGUGGCGUAUUGGGAAAGUGAAUUUAUCCCCACUCAGCACACAAUCAAUACAACAUUCGGGGUGGACAAGGAGGGGGUGGAGUUGGGCCAGAGAGAAGGGGCGGGGCCUGGGGAGGAGGUGUGGCUUAGGCCGAGUCCCAAGGGGUCAGGUAGAAAUGUCUGGAGCAUCAUAUUGUGCUCCUGGGUCUAAAGUCUUUCAUCUCCAUCCCUCCCCCCUAGAAAGGUUAUGUGCUUAAAAGUUUUGUUCUGCAGCAAUCCCAUGUUAACCUCUCGUGUUUAUGUUAAAUUUAUAAGCAAAGCGUCCUGUUAUUCCCUUCCCUUCUCUCCAGUACUUCCCAACUCCAUGCCUCACACAAGGAGGAGGUGGACAUAAACGUCUGGGAAAACUGCACAACGGUGAUAUUUAUAUCCGGCAUUUAGCACCAUUUGAGUUUCAUAUAUAUUGACUAAAUUACCUGGAUGGGAGCCCUGAAACCUACCUAGGGUUGUAAUCCCUAAAUUGCAGUAGGGAGAUGUAAAGGGAGUGUUAAUGCCUCAGGUAAGAUACCUUGCUUAAGGCUGCUUGGCAUAGUUGAGAUCUGAAGAAGGAGGGACACUCUUCCUAUGCUUAAAUGUUUAUAAAUUCAAAGAAAAAAAGCAAUAUUCCAGGGCUUUUUUUAUUUUUAGCCAGAACUCACCGGAACUCACUUCCAGCACCUCUAAGGUGGGUGCCAUUGCCAUUAUAAGAGAACAAGGGAGGCGUUCAUAGUGAGUUCCGGCACCUCUUUUUCUAUAAAAAAUAGCACUGCAAGAAUCUAUCCAUUUAGAUAAAGCCUUCUCUAUGACAGGUUGUUUUUCUAUAUGCACAGAGUGCUUUCUCCACGAAAACAGCAUUCUUGUACAUGCACAAACCCUGCAUCCUAUUGCCUGAAGUGACAAAGCCCGGGAAAAAGCUUUGCCUCUUGAUUCUACCAACUGACCUAAGGCACUCCAAUGUUUUCCUUCCUGCUCUGUGUGAGAGAGUGACGAGGCAAAGAUUCCAUCUGGCUUCCUUAACCUUAAUGGGUUUCAUGCUUCUUUACAGCUGGAUAGGCUGGAGGCAGCUGUCUCGCUUAAGGCUGACUACAACACCAUUUGGUUACCGUAUUUCCAAAGGUACCAAGCUAGGCACCCUAAGGUGGGAUUGGGUAGGGAGUACCCUCAGUCCAUACAUAUAGCAUUAUGGAAAUGAGCAAGCAGUGUAAGGUGCCGGAUUCACAGUCUUGCUAAGUUCCACCAUAGCAAACAGAUACUAUUGUUAUAGAAACGCUUACACAGUGAUGAAAGGCGAUCUUUAUUUCACUUAGCUAAGACUUUCCAUUCUCUCCACAGCUCUCAAAAUGUCUUAAGUUCAUUGCGCUUCUGUAGCAUUCUAGAAUGGAUAAUAAGGUAUUGUUCCUUUGUAGCAUGAUUUGCAUUAGGGCUUUCCCCCCACUUUUUAUUAGAGGAGACAGUACAAACCUAGAUUACUUUCCAAUAUAUUAUUGGUUUCUUCUAUCCUGAUCUCUGGAGUUUACAGAGCACAUAGAAAAAUGGGUUGUUCUUGUUGUUGUUAUUAUUAUUAUUAUUAAAAAGUAGAUUUCUUCUGUUAGAGAGAAUUUGCUAAGUUGCCUUGUGGGGGUUUUCCAUCCAUAACUUGUCUGACAAAAUACUGCUCUGUGUGUGUGCGUGCGGGUGUGUAUUGUCUCAUGUGCUUUUUUAAAAUUGGAGAACAAACAUAAACAUAAAGUAGUGCUAGGUGAAUGUUGCAAAAGGAUUUCUGCUUGCACAACGGAAUGUUCUUUCCCUGCUGUUCCCUCCAUGCACCUCCUAAAUUUGUAGGGUUUUCCUCAACCCUCUGGAACAGAUGUGGGGUGUGCAGGGGAGGGGGGAAAGGAUACCAUAAAUCCAUGUGCUAACACAACAAGGGCAUUGGAUACCACCCUUGAUGUGUAAAGUCCUACUGUGGGCAGGUCAGUAUUUUUCAUAGAGUUGGCCACUGUGGGAACAGAAUGCUGGGCUAGAUGUCUUGCUCCUCUUGUGUUCUCAACCUCUGUUCCUUGAAGACCUACCUAAAGAUGGGUAUAGCUGGAUACGGUGUCCUCAGCAGGCAAGAAGGCCAACUUGGAGCUCGUAUCCAUGACCCUGAAAUUAAGAGCCUCGUCCUGUACUGACUGAGCUAUCCCAGACAGGCCUGCCAGAAAGACAAUAACGACGACACUUUGUCCGAUUUGUAAAGAUAGGUGCUGCCACACUGAAGACCUGAUUCUGACAUUGGAUGGAUUAGACCUCCUGAGAAGACCAUACCUGCCAUUCUCAAGGGCAGCCCCACAUAGAGCACAAUGCAGCAAUCCAAUCUGGAAGUUACAGCGCAUGGGCAACAGCAGUCAGGCUGUCUCGGUUAAGAAACAGCUGCUGCUCUCAUAUCAGCCAAAGCCGGAGCACCCCCCAGACUAUGAACCAGCUUUUUCAGGGAGAGUGCAACCCCGUCCAACACAGGCAACUGAUCAAUUAUCCAGACUUGGGAACCACUCACCCAGAGUGCCUCCGGCUUACCAGGAUUCAGAGUCAGUUUGUUGGUCCUCAUCCAGCCCACCAGCAAGUUCAGGCACUGCUCCAGGGCUUGCAUAGCCUCUCCAAUUCGGAUAUUACAGAGAAAUAGAGUUGGUCAUCCAUCAGUUUGCCCCAGAUCUCUUAAUGACUAGGAGCUCUCCUUGGUCCUGCAACAACUGACCUUCCCUUGCCACGUCACCCCAGAGCUCCUUUGCAAGGCCAGAGCAGAACACCCAGUGUGAAAAGUUUGGUCUCUUGCCCUUCACAUAUAAUUUCAAGGGGAAGAAAUGCCUUCAAGUCGACUAGAAAUAUAUUUGUGCCAAUAAUAAGAAUUGCAAAUUGCUAACAUGAGACAUUCCUAUAAGCUGCAGUGGAUGCAUCUGUGUAAUGUUCAUUUUGUUAAUAUUGAGCAUGACAGAACUUAAGCUGAGCGCACUUUUAAUCCCAUUGGUUUCCGUAUGAGAGAGUUAAGAACGUGUUCAAUUCGCCUGCUGAAAUCAAUUAAACUUAAACAUAUCUAAAGUUGGCAGGAUCAUAACAAUUGUUCUGAAAAACAACCAAAAAGCAACAGUUUGAAUUCUUUAUACAGCCCAUAUUAAUUUCAGUCAAUAUCAGGGCUGGCUAAGAUGUGACCCUCCAGAUGUUUCUGAACUAUAGUCCUCAUCCUCCCUGACCACUGGCCAUAGUUGGAGUUGGUAGAAAGUACCAUUCAAUAACAUCUGGAAGGCCACAGGUUAGCAACCCAUGGCCUAGAUAUACAAUCCAGUGCUGCAAAGCAACCAGGUCAGAAACUUAAUUGGAAAAUAUAAUGGCCAACUGGUCCCAUCACCUCCUGGCAAAUAGAAGGGGAAGAAAUGGAGGCAGUGAGAGAUUUCACUUUCUUGGGCUCCGUGAUCACUGCAGAUGGUGACAGCAGCCACAAAAUUAAAAGACACCUGCUUAUUGGGAGAAAAGCAAUGACAAACCUAGACAGCAUCUUAAAAAGCAGAGACAUCACCUUGCCGACAAAGGUCCGUAUAGUUAAAGCUAUGGUUUUCCCAGUAGUGAUGUAUGGAAGUGAGAGCUGGACCAUAAAGAAGGCUGGUCGCCGAAGAAUUGAUGCUUUUGAUUUAUGGUGCUGGAGGAGACUCUUGAGAGUCCCAUGGACUGCAAGAAGAUCAAACCUCUCCAUUCUUAAGGAAAUCAGCCCUGAGUGCUCACUGGAAGGACAGAUCCUGAAGCUGAGGCUCCAAUACUUUGGCCACCUCAUGAGAAGAGAAGACUCCCUGGAAAAGACCCUGAUGUUGGGAAAGAUGGAGGGCACAAGGAGAAGGGGACGACAGAGGACGAGAUGGCUGGACAGUGUUCUCGAAGCUACCAGCAUGAGUUUGACCAAACUGCGGGAGGCAGUGGAAGACAGGAGUGCCUGGCGUGCUCUGGUCCAUGGGGUCACGAAGAGUCGGACACAACUAAAUGACUAAACAACAACAACAACGGCCAAUGUAGGAAAAUAUAAACAGAAUUCAUCCAUACCUACAAGGCAAAGCUCCUACAUUAGAGGCAAAAAAAGGAAACCCCAAUUCAGAGGCGGUCAUGCUUAAAUCCCAUCCAUUUCAAGGGAACUUAAAAGUUCAGCACAACUUUAGUUGUCCCGCUGAUUUAAAUGGGACUUGGACUAACUUGCUCUGGAUUGGGACCACCAUUCCCUAUUAUUUUUUGUGCAGCUUUAGUAUUUUAGGAAGGAGGCCUGCAGCCAGGGUUGCUUUUGUUACUGUUAACGGGGAAGCUCUCCUGAAACCAGUUAACGCACCUCCAGCACUAAGGACAUCAGAAAUAAAUGUGGCGUGCAGCAGUUCUGUGUAUGGUUUCAGACCAUUACCUUCUAACAGCGUUGAAUAUGCAGUUUCAACUGGUUCUAUUCAGUGCCCUCCUGAGUACCGGAGGGGGAGAGGAGAGGAACCUGCGAUACGAUCUCCAGUAUUUAGAAAGAACACAGUGUGGCUGAUAAUUACCUAAGCAAUAAUAUCUGAUAGCAUGAGAGAGAUCUGAGUGUUCUUUGUUUCAUCAAUAACGGAGGUUGCAUUCCUUUGGAUAUCUGCUGUGGAAAUAUCCAAGCUGUCAGGCCUCCUUUUUGGCUACAGAAAUUGGAGGUGGGGGCGGGGAGAGAGAGAGUUGAGUUUUAACUGCCUAAGCAUGGCUUUAAGUGCACACAUUAGUCACAGUCCUGCAAUCUGCCUCCCCACCCGCAAUGCACAUGGAGGGCAGGAUGCAGAGCAGCUGUAGAUAAUAGGAUGGGGACCCUCUCAGCCAGCCCCUAACUCCCUGCCCUCUUAACUUGCAUCCAGUCUAGGAGGUGGCCCUGUCUGUCAGUUUCCUCCACCUUAGUUGAAGGAGGAGCCUUUGCAGAAUUCGGCAGGGAGGGAGAUGGGGGGCUGACUCCUGCCUGUCAUUGGUUCUGGCUCCACCUGCCAUUCUCAUCUCUGCCUUCCACCCUGUCAGUCCCAAUGGACAUCACCAAGCCAAAGUACAUGUGGGACUCCAUGAUGUGAUGCGCAGGGGGACCUUGGCUUCAAAAAGCUGCAUUGCCACAUGCAUGACCAAGAAGGAACAGUCUGGCUACUCACUUGCAGUAUUUCUAUACCACCCAGUAGCAAAGGUUCUCUAGGUGGUUUAGAAGUAAAUAAUAAUAAUAAUAAUUAAAACCAUAAGAUACAAAAAAAUUAACAUGUAAACAUGAAAUCUAAAACAGAAUUAAACCAGUCACAGAAUAAAAAAAAACCAACAGAGAAUGACGACAGUACAAAGCAAUUGAAAAACACUGAAAGGUUGUUGUUUUUUUACGAUGGAAAGGUCUGGGGAAAUGAAAUGUUCUUCACCUCGUGCUGAAAAAAAAGCACUGGAGGAGCAACCACAGACAUGACCCUCCCUCUGCAGCUUAUUUGCUAGGAGUUCUCAGAGGCAAAAAUCCUCUGAGGAGACACUCUGGAUCCCUCUUUCCAUAUGUGUAAUGUGAAUUCUGACCUCAGAGUUAAGUGACCCUUGCUGCAUAUUUGUCUGGAUUGCAAAUAGGCAUUCGGAUGCCCCCAUUUUAAAGUUCUUAAACCCCAUGAAUUCCUGUAUCUCUGUGGUUCCUCUCUACUACCCAUGCCCUUGUCUAUUGGUUCUCCUGACAAUGGGGAUGACAUGAAUGGAUAAAUGUAGCAUUCCGAAUGUGGUCUUGCUGGUGCCAGACCAAUGUUCUUUGGCCUGUGUUCAAUAUCUGUAUUUAUGCAAUGGGGAAGUCCAAUUAUUUGCAACCUACUUCUGCUAAAAAGUUCACAGUUGGAGCAUUAACACUCCGGAAGAAAAAUUAACACUGGUUUGUGUUAGCACUGCAUAUUGUAGCUUUAGCAAUGGAUGUGCCUGCCCUGCCCCUUCUUUUAUGUGUGUAAGCAUUCAUGUAAAGUUCCUAGUGGCAUAGGGUUAGGGCAUCGGUUUUUUUGAGCAAUAGUGAAAACAAGCAAUACAAUCCACUUAGGAAAGGCAACACACACACACACACACACACACACACACACCAUAGCUGUCAACUUUCCCCUUUUUUAAGGGAAAUUCCCUUAUUCCGAAUAGGAUUCCUCGCAAGAAAAGGGGAAAGUUGACAGCUAUGACACUGACACACACACACACACACACACACACACUAUAUUAUUUGCCUCUUCUCCUGCCCUUUAAAACAUUGUUCCAGAAUUUGGUACCUAGAUAAGCCUUCUUUGAAGACUGAAGGAUUCCAGAUUGCAAUUUCAGAUAUGUGCUUGAGGAACCUGAAGACUGUUCCUGGGAAAGUGUGUCUUUAAUUGAGCUCCUUCAGUCUUUCAAUCAUUGUGUUUUGAUUUUUGGAUCUGGCAUCCUCCACUUAUUUAUUUUCCACACCAUCUUUUUUUAAAAAACAAACAAACAAACUUUGUUUUGCAGGGCUAUAACUCAGUGGUUCAGCUGAUAAGGCCCUAGGUUCAAUCAGUCACCAGUCAGAAAAGCCCAUGUUGGGUUUGAUGGACCAGUGGUCUUACUCACUAUAAAGCAGCUGCUUGCGUUCAUAUAUAUGCUUGGAAAAUAUUUAAUAGGGUCAGUUCUGGAGUUGCUUCUAAUACAUGUUUGGUUAUAUGCAUUUUUCAGACAGAAGCUCCCCUUUCUGUUGGCGAAUUAUCAUAUUUUAGAAUUAACUUUUUUACAGAGCUCUUUUCAUGGCUUAGGACCCUCGUACCUACAGGGCUGCCUCUCCCGGUAUGCCCCACGGAGGACCUUAAGGUCCAUAAAUAGCAACACCCUAGUGGUCCCGGGCCCUAAGGAAGUUAGAUUAGCCUCAACCAGAGCCAGGGCCUUUUCAACACUGGCUCUGGCCUGGUGGAACACUCUGUCUCAUGAGACCAGGGCCCUGCAGGAUCGGAUUUCUUUCCGCAGGGCCUGUAAGACAGAGUUGUUCCGCCUGGCCUUUGGCUUGGAGCCAAUUUGAUUUCCUCCCCCUCUUUUCUUUUUCCUUUCUCCUCCUGUGAUGAGGCUGCAUUUUAAUGUUUCAAUAUUUUAAUGCUGUAUUUUAAUCUUGUUUUUAAGUUGUAUUCACUCGAUUUGUUUUUAUUAUUGCUUGUUAGCCACCCUGAGCCUGGCCUUGGCUGGGGAGGGCGAGGUAUAAAUAAAAAUUAUUAUUAUUAUUAUUUUGUCCUUAUCGUUAAGACAUGCUGUUCUUUCCCAAAGGCAGGUCUCCUUGGCUUUUCUUGCAUCUUAACAUAAAGAAAAUAUAGGGUCUUGUGGCACAGCCUCCCACCAUGCUGGUGCAAAUAUUUGGGGCAACCACCCUACUGAAACAGCACAGUCAAAGAGGGCCAGUACCAAACACUUGAAUCAACUGUUGAUCUGAACAGUCUACUUGCACAUAAUUUCUGUGAUUCUGACAACUCUCACCCACCUGAGGAGGUUUCUAGCAAACAGGAGGUACCAGGCCUAAAAUGGGAAACCACAAGCCUCAGGAAGUGCUUAAAACAGACCUGCAAAUAGGCACUUACCUGUGCCAAGUAUGAAUUUCUCCUUAGGCAACCAAAUGUUAAUCCAGAGUCUUUUCUUUAAAACAUCCAUGCAGCUUUUCUACAGCAUAAACCUUUUUAAAAUACAAGAAAUCCAUUUCACAUAUUCAGUUAAUACUUUUACCUUCAUACUUGCAGAAGCUGCCAUUGAAUUAUUUUCCACAGCUGAGAUACUUCCCCCAUAAUCACAAAAAGCAGCUUUCUGGUUUUAACUCCUCUUCUUGGAAUUUGGAAGGUUGAAGGAGCUAUAGGAGGAAGCAGACUGAAAAAGGCUGGAGGGAGAAGUUUAUUCCCAGGCUCCCUGUUCCAAGACGUGUUGUGGUUACUCUGGUUUGGCCCCAUUAAUUGAAAGUGGCUUCCGGAUCUGAGCUUAGCAAGCAUUGCCAAAUUAAGAAGGCAUGGAGAACAGAGAAGACCACCUUCCACCGCAAAGCCCAGCUGCGAACAGUCCUUUGGAGUAAAAUGUGAAUUGCCACCCAAAGCUAAGCAUGUUUGCAUGGAAGUAAGUCUUACUGAGUUCAGUGGAGCUCAUUUCUGAGUAAACGUGAUUAGAAUUGCAGUGUUAUCUCUAUGCAUGUUUAUUCUGAAAUAAGCCCCGCUGUGUUGAACAGGGCUUAUUCCACUGUAAACCAAAGGCCUGGGACAAGCCUCGUUGAGCACAGCUGGACCUGUCUUUCAAGUCAGCAUAUUUAGGAUUGAGCUGCCUAUGUCAGUUUGGGUAAAAAGGGGUGUGUGCUUUACAUUCAGGCUGUAAAGGAAAGAAGGGAGAGAAUUUCUUAUUUGAAGUUACCUCAAAGCAGAGGUGCUAGACGUCUCGUUCCUCACCAGUCCCAGAGCAACUGUUCUUUUGCCAACAACUUGUAAGGGUAUGAAAUUAAAGGAUUUGUUUUAAUUUGUAAGGGGCUGUAUUUAAUUUUAAAAACCUAUAUGAGCAGGCAGACAGGCUGUUUGAAAUUGUGGGUUGGUAAUUGUCGCGGGCUUGCUUGGAAGGCUGGACCAGAAAUAAUUGCUGUGCAAUCUUCUUGGGAAGCCAGAUGGAUGUAACAGCCAGCCGUUCCACCUGAGGCUGCGGAAGAAAACGCAGCUGAUCCUGGGAUCUGUAGCUUGUUAAGGGUGCUUACGUCACAGAGUUACAGUUCCCGGCACCCUUUACAAGCUAUAUUUCUUAGGAUUCUCCGUGAAUGUUAAAAUGGUGUAGCAACACUUUAAUGGUAUGGUGUACAUGUGACCUAAGUCACAUUGGGAGCUUCCUUAGCUGAAAAGUAACUUGCAAAUGCAUAGAAUGCAUUAUUGUGGCUAGACCCCAAAACCUUGUGACUGUUUUGACAGUGAAGGCACAGCAGAGGAAAUGCUCCAGGAGGUCAAAUUGUCUCCGUGCGUUUCAGGUAUAAGUGGAAAGCUGAAACAAAAGAGUAAGCAAAAGAAAACAGAACAGUGAAAGUUGAGGAAAUUAAGAAAACACUGAUCAGAGUAGAGGGAAGAAAGGGGGGUCACUGUCGUAUGGUGAGUCAAGGACAAGAAAGUUUGGUUCACAGAACGGGAAGCACCUAUGAUCAGAAGGGUCCCUAACUCCCUAGAGACUUAGGGACCUAUAACAUGGGCCAUGAAGCUAGUAAGGGAAUGUGCUUCAGUCCUGAUAGGAUAAUUUCGGCACCCCUUGUAAAUGCCUCUGAGGAGGAAAGUGGCAGCUCAAACAAAAGGAGUCUGAUCCGUCUGACAGCUUCCCAAUGCUCUCUUCUGUCCUCAAAGUUCCCUGCCUAAGAAGAAAAGUAAAAUAACAGUUCAGAGUCAUCCAGUGGUGAAACCACAGUUCCAAGGCAGAACAUUUCUUCUUUAAAUCCUUUCUUGCUUGUUCAGUAACUAAAUCAGACAGCUCCAUUUAUCCUGCCAGGCUGUUUUGUCCAUGCAUGCCCACGUGCCCUACACCUGAUGUCAGAUGAGGGGCAGGUAAAGGUGGGGCUUGGUUGAAAGGGGCUUUGCAGGCACAAUCGGCUGGCUAAAGUGCUGUGCUCAGCAAACCCAAACCUCUGGGGCAGUGCUUCCCAAGCACCCAACAAUCAGCUGAUUGUCAGGAACUUGGGAAGCACAGCACAAGGGGCUCUGCAAGCUUCAUUCGGAAAGAAAAAAAAGUUCUGUGUUUUAUGUGGCGCACUCCUCUCUCAGAAGGAAGCAGGUUGUAUUCAGAGUGCUUCCCCAAGCACUUUGAAUACAAGCUGCUUUCUCUGCAGAGGGACAAAUGCUCCAGUUUUAGAAACAUCUUCAGCUGAUGGUCCAUUAAAAGGGAGCCUCUUUGAAGGCACACUAAAUCCUUAUCUUUCAGUGUGGUUGCUCUAGCAGACAAAUCAGCAUCUGCAGCAACCUCCUUUGAACUUUGCCUCUUGUCAGUCACCUGAUGUCAUGACACUCUGUGACCAACAAGUGGUUGGCUCCUCCCACCCGUCAGUUGGUCUGCAGUGGGUGAGGGAGAUAAGAAUCCAGCUGCCCAUUCCUAGUGUAGUUGGUCCUGAGCUAGAUGGACCAAUGAUCUGACUCAGUGUAAGGCAGCUUCUUAGGUUCUUGUGCUCCACCUUGGUUAGGGGAAUACAUCUACUAAUGGUCCAUUCCUUAAUUGUAACCGGCUCAGGGAGACGCUGCACUGGUGUUUGCAUGGCCCGUCAAGUAGCUUAAGAGGAGAACAAAAGUUGGGAAGCGGGCACACGGAAUUGUGAACCGUCAAAAAGCAUGAAAGACUCCAUGUAGCACUAAGCAGUAAAGAGGUCCUGUGGUGGUCUCCUGGUCUCCAGCGUGCAAAUACUCUUUCGAAGCGUUAGGAUUUCAUGUAGCAGUGGAUCGCUUCCUCAGUUUUGCCACAUCUAUCCCCACAACACAACACCUGCCCCAAAACUUCGGAGUAAUAUGAGGCCAUUGGAUAUCCGCGAGGCUAUAAUGUACCCCACAGAAGAGCACAAAAUGGGUGGCUGUGUAACAUAGGGCAGCUCUCCUGUGAUUCUGGCAAAACCAGUAAGUAAGGAUCUGCCUGCCUGCGCCAUUUCCUUGUAAGUGUUAAGGUAGAAUGGGGUGUAUCAAGAAGUAAUUGCUCAUGCAGUCACUUUAUAUAGCCCAGGUUAAUAGUAGUAGUAGUAGUAGUAGUAAUAGUAGUAGUAGUAGUAAUAAAACAACACUUCUAUUAUUUAUAUGCUGCCCAUCUGACUGGGUUGCCCCAGCCACUCUGGGUGGCUUCCGGCAAUUAUAAAACCACAGUAAAACAUCAAACAAUAAAAACUUGCCUUCACUUCUUUAUUUGUCUCCAGUGUAAGGAUGCCACAGUAUAAGCCUUUUAUCAGUCUUGGCCGUCAAUCAUUUUGCCUUCAUGAAUCUUAAAAGUGUGUGUGGGGGGGUGUCUCUCUAUUUUUGUGAUUCCAAAGCAUCCUUGCAUCACACAUCUGGAAAAACCAGUUAAUUCUGCAGUCUAAACCUACUCCACCUCCAUGCCCCACCUAGCAAAGGGUGUAUGGACAGUAGGAGUGGCGAAGGAGGUGAGGCUUCCUUAUCUCUACAGUCACCCCUUGUCAUUAUAAAUCAGUUGCAACCACCUCUGUGCUGCUUGCAUUCCAACUAGGCAAUGGAAACAACUCAUCUCUCUCACCCUGCUCUACAAAGCUGCCAGGGCUCUCAAAAGCUUCUCAGUGGCUGCAGCAGAGGCAGUUUAGGCAGAGGUCUGGCUAGCUAGAGCUAACCCUCUUGUUACUUCGUCACAUCAAAAGUUCAGUAUAACCAAGUUGCAGGAUUUGAGCGCAAGAGCACUCUUCUCCUGUUACCAUAUUUUUCGCUCUAUAGGACGCACUUUUUUCCCUUCAAAAAUGAAGGGAAAAUGUGUGUGCGUCCUAUGGAGCGAAGACGCCAUAGCCCCGCGAUCCUCUCCCGGCUGGAGAGGUGACGCGCGGCUAUGGCAGGAGCCUCUACAGCCCCGCGUCACCUCUCCAGCCGGGAGAGCGCGCACGGGGCUAAAGAAGCACCCCGCGACCCUCUCCCGGCUGGAGAGGUGACGGGCGGCUAUGGCAAGAGCCUCAAUAGCCGCGCGUCACCUCUCCAGCCGGGAGAGCGCGCGGGGCUAAAGAAGCACCACGCAACCCUCUCCCGGCUGGAGAGGUGACGGGCGGCUAUGGCAGGAGCCUCUAUGGCCGUGCGUCACCUCUCCAGCCGGGAGAGCGCGCGCGGCCCGCAGCCCUCUCCCGGAUGGAGAGGUGACGCGCGGCUAUUGAGGCUCUUGCCAUAGCCGCCCGUCACCUCUCCAGCCGGGAGAGCGCGCGGGGCUAAGCAGCCCCGCGACCCUCUCCCGGCUGGAGAGGUGACGGGCGGCUGUUGAGGCUCCUGCCAUAGCCGUGCGUCACCUCUCCAGCCGGGAGAGCGCGCGCGGGCUAAGAAGCCAUAGCCCAGCGACCCUCUCCCGGCUGGAGAGGUGACGCACGGCUAUGGCAGGAGCCUUUCCGCUGCGCCUUUCCGCUGCUCCCUGAACUGCUCUUUGGGGCUGGUGGUGGGCUUCCCCCCGCCAGCCCCAAAGAGCAGGUCGAGGAACCUGAAGCCUGGAGAGCGAGAGGUGUCAGUGCACACCGACCCCUCUCGCUCUCCAGGCUUCCAAGGUAGCCGCCUGAACGCACCUUAAACGGAACCUUGUUUUAGAGCGGGAAAGCAAGAGGGGGAAAGUUCUCCCCUCUCUGCACAGCGCCUCCUGCCACUUCGCUGAAGGGGCGCUGGGCAGAGAGGGGGAGAAUUUUUUUUUCUUGUUCUCCCCCCUCUAAAACAAAGUGCGUCCUAUUGUCCGGUGCGUCCUAUGGUGCGAAAAAUACGGUAAUUAAUUAAAUAGGCACACACACAUGUAUAGUGGGUUGCCUAAGGCUUCCUAGAAACACUUGGCUGGAACUCUGUAAAGGGGCCACUCAUGUAUAAGCCCCAGUAAAAUUGUGUGUGAAUAACAUGGCAGGAUUACACCUUAAGUGUCCAAGCAGGGAUUUCAAACACAUACUAAUUUAACAUCAUAGCUGUUCUGCCAUGCCAACUGUUCCAUGUGGGAAAGGCCCUCAUAAUUGCUCUUUGUUUUGUAAGGCACUGGCAAAUAAGGGAGGACAAAGAUGCUGUUAGGUGCCUUCGCGAAUCACUGCCAAAGUUCAGGCGGUUAUUUGGUCACAAAGCAGGCUUUGGCAAGGAACAUGGAAAUACAGUGUGUUACACUACCACUGCUGGACUUACAAAGGCCAGUGUCUACGGCAGCUUUCCGCUCUGAUAAGGUCCUUAAGCCUUUCUUCAGCAGAAUGGCUGCAUGCUCAAAAUGUGUGGGUUUGUACCAAGAGUCUGGAAUCAUUGUCCUAUUUUCGUUUUUUUUAGCUUGGGAACAUCCCGAGAUCUCCAAAGUGGAACUAAAAUACACAGAAGAGUUCAUUUGUUUCAACAAGUGGCCUAAAAGUGGCUUUCUCCCUUCUAUGGCCAGUUUGGCUGACAUUUAAUCCAUGCAAGGCUGGGAGCUUGGUUUCUGCAUUGGAAACUAGUAAAUGUCAUUCGCACAGAUUUACACAUUCAGUAGACUGAGGCAGCUUUCAUCUGCAAAGUGUCAAAGUUCAAUGGAUGCCAAGUCUGGGGGGAGGGGGAUGAGGAAUGGUUUCUGCUGUCUUCAUACAUUUUGCCUACAUCAACUGGAUCUGUUUUUUCCUUUGCUCACAGGAAAGGGGUGCGUGUGUUUAUGUGUUGCUAUAUACAGUUGUGCAUUUUGGUCCUGUUUGUGGGUUGCUACUUGCAGUUAAUCUGGGAGUGUUUAUACAGUGCAGUCCCUAUGCAUAUUAAUUCCAAAGGAAAUCCCACUCUGUUCCAUGGUGCAUGCUCUCAGGUAUUUAGGAUUUUCGGUGUUGCGUUCUGUGGUUAGCACUGCAGAUUGCAAAGAACAUAAGUAUCGCAGAAAACAGGAGUCCUGUGUCAGGCUCUUUCCACUGGUAGGGUCUAGUUCAACUUGCUCUGUACCCUGAUGCUAUUUCAAUCAUUUCACCAGCAGCAGCCAAUUAAAAGCACAUUGAAAUGAUGGAAGGGCUCAGGGUAGGUUAAGCUAGUUGUGGGAGUAUGGGAGGGUAGAAAAGCUCAAUGCAGACCUGCAGAUUUUGUUACAACAGCCUGUUACUCUUUGUAAUGUGAAGGGGAAGGCAAGUGAAAUCCCUGCAAUGGAACAGAGAAAGAAAAUAAUAUAGACAAAGCCCAGAGGAAAUCUUUUCAGCACAGGAAAACCUUCUGCUACGUGAACACUGGAUUGUAAAGGUUCUAUGAAAGUACAAUUACUGCCCAAUUAAAGAAAACUUAAUCAAUUGAUUCAACAAAUUGAAUAAUGUAUAUUGUAUAAUGCUCAGGCAAUUUGUUUUAAAGAUUUAAACUUGUUUAUCAGCUUGUUUUAUGGGGGGAUACAUGCUUGGUUUUAGAGGUACCAUCUUAGGCUAUAUGUUCCCUUCUCUGUGAAAGUGAAGGGAGAGUACCUCUUCCAAUGUGGACCUAGCCAAUUUUAGGGGAGUGGACUCAGGUUUCGCUAUCUGAACACAAUGCGUUAUCAGGAAAUCAUUUGUUAGGUAAGCGUUCGCCGAAUGAGUCAAUGAUUUCCAUCAAUUUCUGUGGUAAAAAUUCUACUGUGUUCCCGGCUAUGGAAUUUUGACCCCAAAGUGAUGAAGAAACUCAAGAAAACCCUCUGAAACUUUGCAGAAGGGAAAUAAGGAAUGUCCAGUGUCUCACUCCCUCUCUCCCCAAUGAUUUCUGGUGAAACGGCUGCACACACCGGCAAAACACAAAAAAGUGAGACUUGUUUAAGGUUGCUUAUUUGUUUACAGGCAGGUCUGGCUAUUUGGAUAUCUGAAUCUGCAGUGUGUAUAGUGAGGUUUGGGUACUAAUUGCUCUUGUUUGGAUAAGUGAAUUUUCAUAUAAUGAACAUUUGGAUAGUGGGGCCUGUGUGUAUAUUAGAAUGUGUUGGGGAAGUCUUUUCAUAGAAUCAUAGAAUCAUAGAGUUGGAAGAGACCACAAGGGCCAUCGAGUCCAACCCCCUGCCAAGCAGGAAACAGUUGAUUUAAAACUGGGGCAGGGAACUUGUAGCCCCCCCCCCCCAGAUGUUGCUGACCUAUAAUUUUCUAGCAUCCCUGACUGUUCACCAUGCUAGCUUAGUCUGAUGGGAGUUAGAUACCAACAAUAUCUGGAAGGCCACGUGUUCUCCACACUGAGUCAAAAGUUUCUUUUUUAACUAACUGAUUAAUUAAUUAAUUAAAGGUUACAGUCCUGAUUAAAACAACAGAGCUCUGGUCAACACAUUCUCUUACUGGAGGCAAAAGAGGGGAGCAGGCCGGUCCCACACACCAUAGUGGAUUUCUAGCAAAACAAUUGGCUACGGCCUCUGCUUCUUCCAUAUUUUCUUUCCCUUGUGGGCUGGCAGUUGAAAGUGUGUGGAUAAUUAGUACUGGGGGGAGGCUGGAUGGGGCCAGUUGUUGACACCUCAAGAAUACCGUCAAACAGAGGUGGUCAAAAUGCUGUUAACUAAUCUCAUGGAAAGUUGUAUCUGGGUGAAAUGGAACAUGGUAAGGGACAUAUUACAGUUCUGCCAACACAGAAUUUGUGAGGUGAUUCUCUCUUGAAUUAAAACUGUUGAACGGUUAAUAAGAACUGUAGAACAACUAUGCCAAAAUUGCUAUUGCAGAUUUUAAGAUGCCUUUCUACCCUAAUGGGGGAACCAGUUACUAUUUAUUUCAAUGGGAGAAUAAGCCAAGGGGGAGGGGAGGAAAUUCUUAAAGCAGACUCCUGCAGUUUAUUUUUUUCUCUUAUUAGCUGUUCAUCUCCACAAUAGCCUACGAAAAGAGUUCUCCAAAGCCUAAUUAUAAUAAAUUUGUGGAUGACUCAUGCUGACCACAUUCGCAAUUCCUCUUCUCCCCACAGAAAUCUUGGAUAGUCCCACAGCACAUUAUUAUUUUCCCUGAUAAUUUUCUCAGAACUGCAAGCUUCCUUGGCGCACGUUAAGGCACACAUUUUGAUUUAAUAUUUCUGUAGAACCCCAUCUGAUUUAGAAGUUUGAGGCAGCUAGCAGUAAAAGCAGGACGAAGAAACCAAAACCCAUCAAAUAUCCAACACGCCAAACUGGACUACAUGUGAGGGGAAAUAGGGUACUAGCAGAAACGGCAUUCCCAUGUUUAGCUCUUUCUCCUCAGUCUAGUAUGUGGUAGCACACGCCAUUUGUAAUUAUGCCAUGGUGCUGUUAACAGAUUGUAGGCCUCAAGGCAGGGGGCCCCAGUUACUCUUAGCACUUUUGAAGUAGUUGUUUCUUAUGUACCUUCCCACAGACAUGCUCACAUCAUUCCUGUCCCCUCCAACAAUUCUCUCCCCCUAAGCUACUUUUCCAUUGUAGGGGAAUUUUUCGGCACUUUCCCACCCAGAUCUGUAGCCAAGCUGGGGCAAAUGGGUACCCAGCCACCCGUGAGCUGUGCUUUACCUCUGCUGUCUCCUCCACCCCAUUUUUUGGGGGGGUGUUGUCUUUUUAAUUUGUGACAAUGACAGCCUCCACCUAAAGCAGUGUUUCCCAAACUUGGGUUCUCCAGCUGUUUUGGGACUACAACUCCCAUCAUCUCUAGCUAGAAAGACCAGUGGUCAGGGAUGAUGGGAAUUGUAGUCCUGAAACAGCUGGAGGCCCAAGUUUGGGAAACCCUGAUCCAAAGCAUGACAGCUUGUUUUAAAAACAGGAGCAAUUUAAGAACCGGGCCCUCUGAAAAAAAAUUAGUGAACAAGGCAGGGUACAUGUAUAACAGAACCUCAGCUGGAAGAGCCCCUCCCCCAAAGUCAGCCCAGCAGCCAUGAAGGGGGAAAAAAUCAAAUUAAUUUCCACAGUUGGAUUCCAAUCACCUAGCCCUAGAAAGGACGGUAGAGACAAAAAGACUGGGUGCCCCCUGAGCAUGUCAGCGCCAGAUUGGUUUGCCCCUUUGUUACUGAAAGGAUCAUCACAAGGAUAGGAGUGGAAUUGGGAUUGUUGCCUGAGUGAAGUAAAAGAAGGGGCCAACCCCAACCUCUCUCACCACCAAAGGAACACAAGUGAACAACACAAGCAACGCUGACACCAAACUCUACAUACAUUAAACAUAAUAGAAACACCGCCACCCGACCCCACCCCCAUCCAUCUUCCCUCUCUCCACCCCCCUUUCUUUUUCUUUUUCUUUUUUUCCUUCUCCCCCUAAUGCCUCAACAAAUGAAAUGGAUUUGUAAAAAUGUUACAUGGAAAGAAAAAAAUACGAGGCACUACACUUCUGUAAAACAAGAAAAUCCUUAAUAAAAUAUUUAAAAAAAAAAAAAAAAAGAAGGGUAGUAACAAAGGAAGGAAUGGUCCAGUGACACCCGUGCCCUGGGAAUUUAUUUGAGAAUUUCUACAUCCCUGUGUGCAAUAUGCAUUCUCUCAGGCUGCAUCCACACCAUAUUUUUACAGCGCUGUUGAAUCCCUUUAACAAUUAUGACUCCCCCCAAAAAAGAAUCCUGGGAAUUCUACAGUUAGUUAAGGGUGUGGAGAGUUUUUAGGAGACCCCUAUUCCCCUCACAUAACUACAAUUCCCAAGUUCCAUGGGAGGAGAGAUGGAUUGUUAAACUACUCUGGAAAUUGUGAGAAUCGGGGUCUCCCAACAACUCUUGGCCCCCUUAACAAACUACAGUUUCCCAGGAUUAUUAUUUUUUUUGGGGGGGGGGGACCACAACAGUUAAAAACGGCUUAGUAGUUCUUUAAUUGUAUGGUGCAGAUGUGGUCUCACUCUCAAAGGCCAUAGGUGGGGAAGUUACACUUUUGGGUCAAGAUUCAGGCCUCAGUAUCUGUAGAAAAGUUUUGUGUUCAUUUGUUCAAUUUGUAUCCUGCCCCUUUCUCUCUGAAGGGUACCCAGGGCAGUCAGCAGCACAAAACCCGAAAUAAAACAACAUCCAGUAUGCAAUAAUUAAAAUGCCCUAAAACUCCUAAACGCACCUAUCCCCUGCCGAAAGCCUGGACAAAUAGCAAAACAUAACCAUUUCCAGAAGGGUAGCUGUGUUAGCCUGUUGCAGCAAAAACAACACCAGCUGCAUCUGAUGAAGCAGGACUCUGGUUCAUGAAAACUAAGCCAUAAUAAAUGUGUUAGCCUUUAAGGUGCCACAAGGCAUUUUGUUGUUAUAUAAAAAUGGAUGUCAGAUGGCUGGGAUCAGAAAGCCCUCUUCCCAGAGAACUGCUGCGAAUUGAUAUCUAAGCCCUGUUUUGACUCAAUGGAAGCCAUCUUCAUUUAUUCGUCACCAUAGAUUGCAGUUUACAGAAUAAUAAUAGAUUCUCUGCACCUUAAAACCCCAAAUUUUGACAGUGGAGAAGGCAAUGAUUUUGUUUUUUCCAAUAAUCAUUUUUAAUUUUGUCUUGAACUGAAAUUGCAUUAGCCUUUCACUUUUGUUUUUUAUUGUCCUGUAUGACUGAUGAGAUUUAUCCUUGCACUCUCCAUUAAUGGUGGGGUUUUGAAAUUUAAUUUUCUGUCUCGCAUUUUUUCUUCUUCUUCUUCUUAGGUUUUGUGCAAUGGCCCAGGAACUUGCGUUCCCAUAUGCGCAUCUGCCCUCCUGCUCAGGAUGCUGGGGAUAAAAAGCGUAACCAUUGUAUACGUCGAGAGCAUCUGCCGCGUGGAAAACCUGUCUCUGUCCGGGAAGAUCCUUUACCACUUUUCAGAUUAUUUCAUCGUCCAGUGGCCUGCGCUCAAAGAAAAAUAUCCCAAGUCUCUCUAUCUUGGGCGAAUCGUGUGACAAGAAAGGACAAGCUCAAUGUGUUUUAGUACCAACGCUGAUGUUUUUUUCCAACCGGUCUUUCAUAAGUUUACACAAGUCAAGCAAGACUCAUUAGUGUAUUUCUAAAAACCAAAGUGGACCAUAUGUGCAUACCACCCAGUAUUGCAUAGCUGGACACCACAAGAUUAUGCUUCUCUUUCCAGUUGCCGUCAGGAACUCAACUCUACCUCUGUUGCGUCACUUUGGUUUCCAGGACUGCCGUCCUUCAUCCUCAUCUCUUAAAAAAACCCCUUUCUGAUGAGUCAGGGAAUAAGGUAAAUGGAGUAAUAUGGCAGGGGGGAAAGAAUAUUAGUUUGUGAUGAAAUUGCACAGCGGAGUGGAUUAUUUAUGCAGUGUCCAUCAAGGUGCAUGGCACUGUAAAAAACAGUAAGAAAAAAAAGCCUCUCCCCUCCCCAGCUUUCAUUGGAUAUAAGUAUUUAUUUCAAUUUUCUUUGUGUUGAUUUCCCUUUUUUCCUUUAUGUUUUGUAUGCACACACACACACACACACACACACACACACACUUUUAUCCGUAUAAAACAUGAAACUGACGUUUGAUGUUGGCUUAUCCCUAAGGUACCACCUAGGAAUCAUGGAAGUAGGGCUGGUCCCCUGCAAUCAUCUCAUUCCCAAUCACAUAAUAAUGUUUUAUUCACCUACUGUCACAAGUUUUUCCCCAGUCGCUAAAGGCGAGGAUGUUGGCUGGUGCUCUAGUCUAUUGCAAUGAGAUCCCGUUGAGAUUUUAUAUGGAGAAUUCCAACUGAUAAGAUACUGGCCUUGGUCAGAUGUUGACAUUCCACAUUUCCUUCUGCCCUCUUUUCCAUGUGGAACAAGUCAGAACUGGAAUGGGCUGUAUUUAUUUGCACACAGCUUCUCCCUGACCUGUUCACUCUACCCGUUACCCACCUUCUGGUGUAAGACUAUGUGGUGUGGUGGGAUCCUGAGGUCUCUCCUCAAAGGCCAUUCGGGGCAGUGGCUUUAGAGCCAUAGCUGCACUGAGCGGUUGCUUAAACAUGCCCCUUAAAUUAUAAGAAACAGAAUCUUGUUCUGGUACCAAAGCCCUUGUUUCCUGUAUGCAAGCAGCAAAAUCCCUAGUGAAUAUUUUGUGCAUAAAGGAAACGGUCGUAUUAACUUGGCCUGAGGACAGUUUUCGUUCUGCAGCCUUUCCAAAAAAGAAACCCCACAGCAUCAAAUCCACUAUCAUUUUUCCUUUUGGCCUCUCAAAAGUUGGCCCUGUGUUCUAAAGUAAGCUUUCUAAAGCAUUGUGUUUAAUUGUUAAGAUAAAUAAAGAGGUAGCGGAUGUCACAAGCAGAUGAACCGCAUGUGCACAAGGGAGACAGAUUUUUUCCAAGCUGAGCGUUAAAUCUUUUAACAGUGUUGAAUUACAGGGAGGAAACUGUCAUUAGGAAGCAGUGAGACUCUUUAGCCCACUUUGCAGCCCCAUGUGUGUAUAAUGAGCGUUAAUGAUGCCAAAAAAAGGUAAAAUGUCACUUUCUCAGUGAACUUAAGUAUAUGUAGGUUUUGUAUGUUUAAAAGUUCAAGACAUGUUUAGUUAGCGUGUGAAGCCAUUCCCUCCCUUAAAUGGGAAAUGGCAUUUAAUAUCAAACACUGUUAGCAAAAUCCAGUCUCCCAUAAUAUCUAUUUUCUAAGUCUGUUGCAGCCUUUUUUCACCCAUCUGGCAAAUCAUAACUAUAUAUGUUGUUCUGUAUAUAGAGCAAUGUAAACACAUCUGUCAUCUGCAUAUACUGAGUCACAUCGAUGAACAAAUUUUGGCUGGAGAAACAUAUACAUUGAAGAGAGUAACAGAAAAGUGGGAAAGGUCCACAUGAUGCACAAACGAAACACAAGGAAGCCGAACAAUAAUCCUAUACAUCACUGCAAGAGAGUGAUAGUUUUUACUUUCUAUAGUAACUGUGACUUUUGAUCAUUUUUUCUAGAGGGAUGUUAAAAUAUGGAGAGGGAUAGCUUUGAUACGAAGAAGCGAAGGUGCCUGUGGUUUGCAAACUGUUCGGAUGAGUAGGGUUUUUUUUAAAAAUUAAAAGCCUGCUUCUCUAUAAGUAUUCAUCUUGAUGCUGCCAUGUUGAUACGGGAAAUAACAUUUAUCAGAAGGUGCUCUUCAGUUUGGCCGAAAGGUAUGCUUCAAUUAAUAUCCCAUGAAGCCUAAUUCACAUUUUGGGAACACUCUGUUUUCAUUUCGGCAGAGGAACUGGCAUCUACAUGAAGCUACUGGAAGACAUCAUCUGGUGAUUUGGAGCAUGGCGCCACCAACAUGCAGGUCUACCCAGCUCCGUAUCUCCAUUCCAUCGGAAAGGCUGUGCAGGUGCAGGUGGAGUCUGAUGGACUAGAUGAGGACCAGUAAACUGAUGUUGAAUUCUGAGAAGAUUGAGAUGUUAUGGGUCAGCCAUUCCCAAGUUCAGGAGUUAGGAAGAUGGCCUGCCCUGGGUUGGGUAAAACUCCCACUGAAAGAGUAGCUAUGUAACUUGGCAAUUCUCAUCAUUUCCAAGCUGUCACUGGGGCCCAAAUGACUACGGUGAUAAGGAGUGCUGAUGCCCAGCUCUGGAUGUUUCACCAGCUACCACUGUUCCUGGACCAAGAUAGUCUAACCUUGAAUAUCUAUGUUCUAAUAACCUGUACAGGCUACUACAGAUAUCCUUGAAAAUAGUCCAGAAGCUGCCACUGAAAGAGCAGUGAGAAGGAAUCUUAUCGCCUGAUCUUCACUGCAUUGGCUGCCAGUGAACUACCACACACAGUUCAAAGUGCUAGUGUACGAAACCAUGAACAACUUGUCACCCAAGUAAUCGAAGGAGCGCCUUUCUCAGUACAGUGGUACCUGGGGUUACAGACGCUUCAGGUUACAGACUCCGCUAACCCAGAAACAGUACCUUGGGUUAAGAACUUUGCUUCAGGAUGAGAACAGAAAUCGCACGGCGGCGGCGGGAGGCCCCAUUAGCUAAAGUGGUACCUCAGGUUAAGAACAGACCUCCGGAACGAAUUAAAUUCUUAACCCGAGGUACCACUGUACUUUCUAAUCUGGACUUUAUGAUCAAUGGGAGAGGCCCUUCUCAUGGUUCCAUCAGUGUUGGCAGUAAGGAAGAUGGUCACACAAGACAGCAUUCUCAGGGGCGGCACCUUGCCUAUGGAACAAGCUGGUUUUCUCCUCUAGAGGGUAGGACUUGAACCAAUGGCUUCAAGUUACAAGAAAGGAGAUUCUCAGUAAACAUCAAGAAGAACUUUCUGACAGGAAGAGCCAUUUGACAGUGGAGCGGUCUCCCUUCAAAGGUUGUGGACUCUCCUUCCUUGGAGGUUUUUAAGCAGAAGUUGGAUGGCCAUCUGUCAUGAAUGCUUUAGCUGAAAUUCCUGCAUUGCAGGGGGUUGGACUAGAUGACCCUUGGGAUCCCUCCCAACUCUACAAUUCUAUGAUUCUAUGAACCUCCUCCUGGGUGAAAUCAGGUUGUCCUCCACUCUAGGCAGAAUUUGGAAGCUCACCUAUUUGUCUAGGCCUUGGAGGUUUAACUGGUGUUAUGGAGCUCUUAGCUUCUGCUGUUUUUAUUGAUGAGAACCUGUUAGUUCAUUUAAUGGUUUUGUGAAGAAUGCGUUGUUUUAUGCUGUUAGCCACUCUGUGCUCCAUUGUAGGAUGAAAGGCAGGAUACAAAAAUGUGAAAUAUAUUUUUUAAAAGAAAUUAACAAAUAUUCCCAUCCAGUGUGAAUACAUAGACCUCAGCUUUCCCUACUGUAGAAAACAGUGUUUGGUUUCUAGUGCAUUUUUAUCCUUUGGCUUAGGUGUGAAAUAAAUCAAAUACCCAAAAGUAACCUUGUGUUUAGCUGCUGCAGAGCCAUUAAUGUGUUUAAUGGCUUCUCCAUGGAACCUAAAGGGAUAAAACGCUUUCUUGGGAAGAAUUCUGUGCAAAAUGUAUGGCUCAGCACUUAAUAUCCUUGGGAAUGACCUGACCCUGGCUUCGACUUAUGUGUGCUAGCUUUUGGCCUAGUAACUCAAAUGGGGGUUAUAUUAUCAGGACUUCCUGCAGCCUUGCAAAUUGUUUCGGUAAAUAAAGGAAGAUAUACUUACUGCCUGUUAUGGCUAAAACUUUUCGUUCCCUGGGAAUAUUUAUUGCACGGUCCUUAUAUAUUUUUGUGUCACUCAGUUUGUUCUGUAGUCUAAAAGAUGCUGCUGCACUGCAUUUGCUUACAUGUGGAACAACUCCCAUAGCUCAGUGUUAAUAGAAAACAUAGGUGGUUGGAGGACUCUGGUUGGGUCCCCCACAUUUCCAGUUGAAGCAGGGAUGGGGAAGCUGUGGUCCUCCAGAUGUUGUUGGACUCUUAAUUCCCAUCAGCCCCAACCAGCUGAUGAUGAGAGUUGUAAGCUGACAACAUCUGGAGGGCCAAAGAUUCUCUAUCCCUGAGUUGAAGGAUUUCAGCAAGACAGUGGAGAGACACACUUGCUCAAACUAACAGUAAAGACCUAUAUACUAAACCAGACCAUUUGGUCCAUUAAUGCUAGAUACAACUAAAGCAGAUUAUCAUCAUCAUAUAAUUUAUAUCCUCACCUUUUAAGGGGGAAAAUCAAUUAAUUGAUUUUCAAGUAUCCUAACUAACUA